CUCGCCGGGCUUCGGCUGAGCAUGGCGGUGAGUCGGUGUAUUUCGGAACUUCGGUCCCCAGGGAAGCGGUGGCUGGUGGCUGGCCUGGGGAACCCCGGACUCCCCGGCACGCGGCACAGCGUGGGCAUGGCAGUGCUGGGGCAGAUGGCGUGGCGUCUAGGAGUGGCGGAGAGCUGGGUGCGCGACUCGCACUGCGUCGCCGACUUCGCCCUGGCCUCACUCGGCGACGCCCAGCUGGUCCUGCUCCGGCCUCGGCGGCUCAUGAACGCCAACGGGCAAAGCGUGGCCCAGGCCGCGGAGCUGUUUGGGGUGACCGCAGAGGAUGUUUACCUGGUGCACGACGAGCUGGACAAGCCCCUGGGGAGGCUGGCUCUGAAGCUGGGUGGCAGCGCCAGGGGCCACAAUGGAGUCCGUUCCUGCAUUAGCUGUCUCAACUCCAGCGCAAUGCCAAGGCUGCGGGUGGGCAUCGGGCGCCCCGUGCACCCUACCACAGUGGAGGCCCACGUCCUUGGCUACUUCUCCCCCGAGGAACAGGAGCUGCUGCCUCCGCUUCUGGACAGUGCCACUGAUCUGCUCCUGGACCACAUCCGGAAACGAAGCCAGGCACCCCCACCCGGCCCCUGACACCGGUGCACGCUCCCUCGUUU